AUGAGCGGCUAUCUCUGGAAAUACUACCUCGAAGACGAUGUCGAUAACUUCCGACAUGUCCUCACGACUACGACGUACACGGCCCGCGCGGCAACACAGAAAAGCUUUGCUAGCUGGCAGGGAGGAGGACAUGGCGCAGCAGUGAACAGUAGUCCAGGCAGCUAUAGUGCCUCACCAAUGACGGGUUCUAAAGGUCGCAAGAUUGGAAUGACUGGCUCUGUAAAUCUGAACCGUACCGACCUCAACAGUCGCGAUGCAGCCGGCUUGACGGUUCUACAUCAUGCCGCAUCGUCAACAUCUGAGACUGCUGUCGAGUUUGCGCAAGCACUUCUUGAGCACCCAUGGACAGACCUCUACAUCCAGGAUGUGGAGAAUGGUUGGACCCCGCUCCACAGAGCCUUCUACUUUGGCAACAUUGCGAUUGCGCGUCUCAUAUUAAAUCGCGACACGCAAGAUAUGCUCGGCCACGGAUCAAGCGGGUUCAAUCAGCAUGCUCGAGGGCUCGUGAAGAUCAAGGACAAUGAAGGUUAUGGCCCACUAGACUUGUUUGCCAUGACGAUCAAGGAUCGAACGUUACGACCAGAGGAGUUACCCGUCAUGGACUUGGACUCUGACGACGAGAUGGCCCAUGGAGACAGCGGUGACGUCGAUGAUGACAUCCGUCGAAGACUGGUAGCGCCGCCUAUUCUGCUUGGCGGGGACGAGGUGUACACUUUUGGGAGUAACAAGAAUGUUACACUUGGCUUUGGCGACGAAGACGAUCGUCAAUUUCCUGAGCGCAUUACCCUGAGAAGACCCGACCAUCUCCUUCAGCGAUUUUAUCGAGAGCAUCGCGAAAACCAAAAUCAAUACUGGGUCGCAAUGGGUAUACCAGCGCAGGAUACUGGGAGCCUCGAGCCAAAGGGCACGGUAGACCUCCCAACGCACAUUCGUAACACUCCGAUAGUAAUCCAGGAUGUGCAAAUGUCAAAGCUACACACUGCGGUACUGACGACAGAUCCUGUUUCCAAUCUUUACAUGUGCGGGCAUGGCCCUGGAGGUCGUUUAGGCACGGGUACCGAGACUACGAGAUACCAAUUUACUUGCAUUGAAAGCGGUGGACUGGGACAGAAAAAGAUCGCCGCCAUUGCUCUUGGCCAAAACCACACUUUGGCCGUUACUGACGAGGGAGAGAUCUACUCCUGGGGAAACAAUGCAUAUGGGCAGCUAGGAUACACUUUGCCCAAGCCUGCGAUGAAAGACGACGAUCCAAUCUCGAUGAUUCCGCGACAGAUCUUUGGUCCGUUGAAGCGCGACCUUGUCACGGGUAUUGCCGCAUCGCGCAUACACUCGGUCGUGCACACCACAACGUCUCUAUACACUUUUGGCAAGAACGAGGGGCAGCUUGGUAUUGUGGAUUCAGAUGCCCGAUCCUUGGAGAUGCAAGUCAUCCCUCGAAAGAUUGCUGCCUCGCUGUUCUCUAGUCCCAUCCACUCAGUAUCUGCCAUAGACGGUGCUUCGAUAUGUCUCCUGGAGAACCGUGAAGUGUGGGUUUUCGCAAAUUACGGUUACGCCAAGAUCAACUUUCCUUUGGAGGGCUUUACGAGUAGUUUCCUCAAGGAAAGUUGGUUGACAACCAAGUACGAUACCGCACCGAAUAAGAUCAAGAAAGUCACUUCUGGUGGCGAUACUAUCUGUGCGCUCUCUUCUUCUGGGGAGGUCUUCACCGUUGCCGUCAGCCGGCGUUCCGAAACCUUGCCGGAUGCCAACACAUCCACCACCAAUCCCAAGCAGAUUAGAGGGGCACUUUCUGCGCCAUAUCGCAUCUGGUCAUCUAAGAAAAGUCACAUGGCAGCAAGAGACGUUGAUGUUGAUCAAGAUGGAUCUAUCAUCUUGACCACUGACGCUGGCAGUGUCUGGAGGCGUACGAAGAGGGCGACCAUCAAGAAUGCAACGAUUCUAGGCGCAGCGGAGACCAAGCCAAAAGACUACAAGUUUCAAAGAGUAUCAGGUCUGACUCGUGUCAUAGCCGUCCGCGCUUCUGCGUUUGGGGCCUAUGCUGCAGUACGAAAGGAUUGCGACGUCACUAGGAAUCAGAUAGGCGUGGACGAGCCCAAUCUCUGGAAUGAGCUUGCGCCUUUGCUCUCCUUUCACGAGAUGACAAAAUACGAGGAGACGUCGGAUGAUGAUGAGCCUACGCCCAGAUUCUGGCAUCGAGCAACAGAUUCGCAAGCUCUUCGCAAGCGUGUUUUGAAGUCGAAGGACCUGGAACUUGAGAUGACCGACAUGCUACAGCAAUCUUUCACGUCUCCGGACCGCACGUACAACAUGGAAGUCGGGACUACGCUUUCUAAUAUCCGCAUCCCUAUCCACGAGCUUAUCUUGUCUGCGCGUUCUCGUGUAUUCCGAGAUGCUUUGCUCGAGUUCCGUGCCAUUGGCACCGAUUUUGUGAUGCCCGAUUUGUUGACCAUCAAAGAAGCUGGCGAAAAGGUUCUCGUACUGUUCCACGGUCUGGACUUUCUAACUGUCUUUGACCUGGUACUAUACGCAUACACUGAUUCGGUCGUUGACUUCUGGAAUGUCACUCGACAUUACCCAACUUUAGCGUACAGAUACCGUGCUGUACGAACAGAACUUAUGAAGGUUGCAUCUCGCUUUGAUCUACGACAGCUCGAGCCUGCUGUGCGUCAAAUGGUCAAUCCGCGGAGGUCCCUGCACAUGGACCUGGAACUUGCGAUCAAAGAUCAAUCAUUCUUUGACAGUGGCGAUGUCAUCGUCGACCUUGCUGAUGGUGAGAUGCUACUGCAUUCAGAUGUCAUCUGCCAGCGUUGUCCAUUUUUCGAAGGACUGUUCAGAGGGCGCGCUGGUGGCCAGUGGCUUGCUGGAAGGCGCACCGAAGAGUCUCCACUCGUUCGUAUCGAUCUCACACACGUUGAGACGCAUUUGUUCAAACUUGUCGUGCGUCAUCUCUAUACCGACGCCGGGGAGGAGAUCUUCGAAGACGUGACAAGCGAGGACCUCAACGAUUUGCUCGCGCUCGACGAGUUACUAGAUCACGUUAUGGACGUCAUGUCAGUUGCCAACGAACUGAUGCUCGAUCGUCUUUCGCAAAUUUGUCAAAGACUGAUAGGUCGAUAUGUGAACGCUCGAAAUGUGUGUUCUCUGCUUACAGCGGUUGCACCCAGUUCUGUUGCAGAGUUCAAAGACGCUGCACUGGAAUAUGUCUGCCUCAGCCUAGAGACAGUGAUGCAGAACGGGUCGUUGGACGAACUAGAUGAGGACCUACUAUUAGAGCUUAACCAGGUCGCUCAUGAAAAUCAGCUAGCUUAUCUACCCUUUGCAAGAAGUGGGCGCGCAGAGGCUCUGCUUUUCGACCGCUACCCAGAACUUGCUGAGAGGAUCGAACGUGGCAAGCGAGCCAAGGUCGAUGCGAUCGUCCUAUCCAACAAGCAUGCAGACGCCGACACCUUUUCUACAUCUUUCAGGGCGCAAAGCCUGGAAGAGGUAUCAGCUUCGCCUCUGCGCCAACGCAACCGAAGAAGAGCGUCUAAGGAGAACAAGAGUCCGGCUUUGGCACCGACACUCAAGGGCAGGAACUCGAUUCAAGAUCUCAUGUUCGAGAUGUCCGAUGGAGAUGAUGAUGAAGAUAACACAACGAGGAAGAUCAAACCCCCGCGGUUCAUGGAACCAAGCAACGAUUCGAUAUCUGUUGAAACACCAACUGGUUCUCUAGAAGGACCUUGGGCCACAGUUCGACGGCAGAGUCGAUCCGAACCGCAUGGCUUCGAUAGAGGAGAUGACAUACCACUCAAGUCUGUCAGCCCCCUGCCCCCGCCAGCUGUUCAGGAGACAAGAAUGCCCGGUCAACCUUGGGGCAGCUCGCCCUUGACUGGUGCGAAACUUGACCUCAAGGAUAUCAUGGCCCAGACCUCGACCGUCCCACCGUCGAACCUGACGAUAGGUUUAUCACGGGGAGAAAACGAGCGCAUCGCAAAGGCCGCGCACGCUAAGUUGUCUCAGAAGGAGCGCAAACGGCUUCAGCAAGCUCAACAACUUGGUACACCAAUUGCAAAGGCGCAGCCGACACCACCCGCAGUGUCUCCCUGGCAAGCGUCGCAUCGGAAGCCAAGCGAUAGCCCUAUCGUAGCACCCACAGCACAAUCAUCACCGAAACCCUCACCACAACCUCCCCGAACAUCUAGCACACCACAACUUACCAUGCGACAGACUGUCGCUAACAAUGGUAUAGCCGCCAAACACAAAGACAAGCAGGUUCAAGCGCAAAGUUCUCGCAGUGCUUCUGCUAGUGCACCUUCCCAGAAUCGUCCUACUGCAACCGAGCGAGGGAUGUCCGUCUCGACUGAUCCCAUCCCGACACCACGAUCAGUCCGGCACAUCCCUCUUCCAUCCCAUUCUCCUACUUCUCCCAGUCUAAAUCUCAGUAUGAUGGAGAUCCUGUCUCUACAAGAAGCAGAAAAAACGUCGAUACGCGACGCAGCAGCAAAGCGUAGCCUUCAGGAAAUUCAACAAGAGCAAGAAUUCCAGCAGUGGUGGGACCAGGAGAGCAGGAGGGUCAUAGAAGAAGAGGAGCAGCAGAAGAGGGUCGCAGAACGCGCUGUUAAGAACGCCGAUCGUGGCAGAAGUAGUAGGGGCCGUGGCGAGAGAGGAGGCAAGACUAAGACCAAGAUUAAGAAGGCGGAUGAGGCAGACGGCAAUAGAGGCAAGGGAAGUAAAGCUGUGGUUACAGCACCGGCACAGCAAGACAACAACCCUUCGAAGGUACCGGUUGGCGGUCGGUCUAGAGGACACGAUAGCAGCGACCGAGGCAGAGGAAGAGGCAGAAUUGGUCGUGGUGCGAGAGGAGGGAGAACGCAAGGACCAGCUCCGCCUUCAUAA